GUGCAAAAUGGCAGCGGAAAAAGAAAGUUUUCCGAAGAUUACGUUAACUUUGGAUUUACGUUCAUAGAAAAAGACGAGUUACAAUUGCCUCAGUGAUAUGUAUGAAAGUUUUAAGUAAUUAUAGCAUGAGGCCCAAUCGCCAUCAAAGGCAUUUGAAGCAACAACAUCCUACUCUGGUUUUGAAGACGAAAGAGUUUUUUUCUUCUAAAGCAGAAUCACUCAAGCGAAUCAGACUGGAUAAAUCGGGAAGUUAUCACAAAACUUCAUUUGAAGUAGCUUUUAUGAUAGCAAAGCAAGAGAAACCUCAUACUAUCGGUGAAGAAUUAAUAAAACCAUGUGUGCUAAAAGCCACGCAGAUAACUUUAGGAGAAGAUGCAGAGCAAAAAAAGAAGUUCUCUUUCGAAUAACACAGUCAAGCGUAGAAGCGAUGACAUUGCAGCAGACAUAAAGUCACUAAUAAUUAACAAAGUAAAAUUAUCGCCAUUUUUUGCGAUGAAU